AUGGCGUCUUCUCAUAGUCUGUUGAGAUUCAAGGAUGUGGCCAUCAACUUCUCCAAAGAGGAAUGGGAAUUCCUGAAUACAUCUCAGAGGGAUUUGUACAGAGAUGUCAUGUUGGAGAAUUAUAGAAACAUGGUUUCUGUCGGUGAGAAUAAUCAUUUUUUUCUGAUUGCUGCUAACCCAAGGACUGUCUAG